CACAUGUACCCUAAUUCAAGCCCUCAAUUAAGCUUUCCCCAACCAACCAAACACAUUUCAUCAUCUAUCUAUCUUUCAUGGAUCACUCAAAAUAUCAAAUUUCAGAGAUUAAUGUUUUUAUGAAAAUGAUCAAGAAACAAGCCUAGUGGACACCCACUUUUCCUUCUUCGGUCUACCCUGAUCUAUCAAGAAACACAUUCCCUGAUCUAUCUAUCUAUCUGUCAUGGAUCAAUCAAUAUAUCAAAUUUUACAGGUAAUGUUUUCAUGAAUAUGUGAAAGGAUCAAUAAACAGGCUAGUGGACACCCACUUUUCCUUCUCCUGUCUACCCUUUUUCCCUAUCUCAGAUUUGCUAUUGCUGUAAGUAAAUUAAAGCCACUAAAAGAAGGGAACAUCCUUCCCACACCCACCCACAGGGGCCCCAUUUGAUCAAAAAGUUUCUGCCACAAAAACUAACCCCUACAGAUGAUAAAGUUGUUUCACAAUUCACAAUUGUCUAUCAUAAAAAAGCUAACCAGCAAGGCUGUCCCUCCUUUUUCUUUUAAAUUCAACAAUCCAUGCUACUAAAGUAGAUCAAAUUUCAUGUUGCUGUUCUUGUUAUUGUUGUUGUUGUUGUUCAAUUUUGAAGCUCAAGUAGGGGCAGAUUGAUUUUUGCAAGAACUGUAAUUAGAGCACUAUGAGUAUGAGAGGUAGGGAAAGCAAAGUACCUCCUGCUGCUGAUUUAAUGGUUUGUUUUCCUCCUAGAGCACAUUUAAGCUUGCUGCCAAAGCCAAUCUGCAGUCCGGCUAGGACGUCGGAUCAGCAAUCCACGCGCCACCAUCACCACCGCGGCCAUUACCGGAGGAAAUCCAUCAAUAGAAGCCACGCUAGUCCUCUACUUUGGGCGAAACCUAAGCCUCAAAAUUCGGAUGUGUCGGAGCCGACUUCCCCAAAGGUUACCUGCGCAGGGCAAAUCAAAGUCCGGCCGAAGCCGAACGCGUGUAAAAACUGGCAAUCGGUGAUGGAGGAAAUCGAGAGGAUACACAAUAAUAGGAAAAAGAAGAAGAGAUCUGCGUGGAUCGAAACAUUAGGGUUUAAAAAAGACGUCACGCAAUUUCUGACGUGCUUGCGUAACAUCCGCUUCGAUUUCCGAUGCUUCGGUGCUUUCCCCACAGCCGGUAUCACCUCCGACGAUGAAGACGACGAGGACGACGAAGAAGAAGACGAAAAUUACAGAAAAUCCGGAUCGAAAGAGGCGAGCGUCGAAGAAACCGAUCGCAAUUCCGGAGACGUGUUCUCCAAGUGGUUCAUGAUUUUGCAGGAAAAUCAGGGCAAGGAAUAUUUCAUCAACGACCUAAAAAGGGAGAAAACAGUAAUUCCGUGCAUCGCCGCCGAUGAUGAAGACGACGACGGAGAUGCUCCGACUAGACCGCCGCCGAACGCCCUGCUGCUAAUGCGGUGCCGCUCCGCGCCGGCAAAAGGACUAACGGAGGGAAACGCUGCAGCAGGAAACCAGAGCAUGGUAUUGAUGAACUACGGAGCCGAAUUCUCUGAAAUCUCCGGCGACAUUGCCAAGGAAACAUGGAUCGAAGGAGGAAUCAGAGAUCUGCUGUCCCGAAGUCGCAGCUGGAGAAGAUGA